GAAAGAUAGUCUUUAAGAAUUAAAUAUGUCAAUAUUAUGUUAUAAUUUACAUCAUGCUGUGCCUCACGGCUGUGCUUCCUAUAAGCUUUCAGUACAUGUUGACCCGCUGAAGUUUGUUUCUUAUUCCUACAAGGAUGUCACCAUCAAACCUAUGUGUUAAUGAAGACAAGUUAAAUAUUUUUGCUUGGUUAAUGAUUGUUCUUGGUGUCAGUACUUUCAUUUCUUCGUUUUAUUACAACGUAGCUUUGUAUGGAAGAUAUGGUUCCACUUAUAAUGGCAUUUCUGUAAAUGCUAGCGUUGCAUGGUUGCUACAAGAGGCGCCAGCGUUCAUUGUACCAGUUUUAUUGCUCUGUAUGUCUGAUGAUAAAAAAGAAAUAGCGACGCUGCAAGUCUCACCGAAUGUUGUUAUACUUUCUAUGUUCUUGCUGCAUUAUUUCAGAAGAUCCUUCAUCUAUCCAUUUUGGAUUAAGAAUACCGCUCCUUCACCAAUAACAAUCUUCAUAAGUUCUUUUGUGUUCUGCGCUUGCAAUGGCUACAUGCAAGGUGAAUAUCAUGUGCAUUGCGCUCGUUAUCACGAAGAAUGGUUUUAUACCUACCAGUUUGUUCUGGGAAGUUUAUUGUUCUUUGUGGGAUUUGUCAUCAACACAUAUGGAGAUUAUGUCGUGACCCACCUUCGCAAACCAGGCGAGACUGGCCACAAAAUACCGCGAGGUGGACUCUUUGAGUAUAUUUCAUGUCCAAACUUCUUCGGGGAAAUAGUAGAAUGGGGUGGUUAUGCCUUGGCAUCAUCUUCGUUCGUCGCAUUUGCUUUUUUCUUCAACUCUGCGAUUGUAGUCGGAGCUCGUGCUCUGUAUCAUCACAGUUUUUAUUACAAGAAGUUUGAAGAUUAUCCAAAGAAUCGGAAGGCCCUGAUACCAUUUAUUUUGUGACAGGGUCUUGUUUGAAUCACAAUUUUUGAGUACCUAAAAUAAUUAGUUAAAGUAGACGAUAGCUGUAGAGUACUUGUUGUUAUACCUUUGCAAUAAGCUAUUUUGUAUUCUUGUAAAAAAGCACUUGACGUGUCUCAUGGAGG